AUGGGUCCUGUGGAGAUUUUGAUAGCACUCGUCCUGAUUAUAUUCUUCCUUUGCUAUAACAUCAAUCGACUGCUCGGACUACCGCCCGGAAACACCUUACAACUGCCGAUGGUAGGGAUUGAUAAACGAUUGUUCGAACUAAGGAAAGAGUAUGGCGAUGUUUUCACGCUCUGGCUACCGUAUCCCACACCAUUGAAACGGACGGUGGUCAGGGAUGGUGAAGCAUAUGCAGGACGUCCUGAUACUUUUGUGAUGAUCCUCCUCGUGCAGGGCAAUUACGGCCUGAUUUUUGAAGAGAACGCUUGGUAUCGAUCCCAACGACGAUUUACACUUCAUACGCUGAAAAACCUCGGCGUCGGCAAGGAUACCACUAAG